AUGGGAAACUGUAUAUCUUUGCGACGGCGGCGAUCGCCGCCAGAGGCCAAGAAGCCCCGAAAAACCCAUGCACCUCUGGAAAGACUUCCCCCAACGGUCUUCUACCGUAUCGCUAGGUACCUUGACCAGGCGGACUACAAUAGUCUGUAUUGCUGCUCGGAAGAGAUGGCUGGCUUGGCCAAACCGUGCAUCUGUGCUUCCCUACCCGCCGGGCUGCAGAUCGGGCAGAAUUCCAGUGAGAACGAAAUUAUGCACAUGCUAGCGACUAACCCAGAGACCAAUCACUUGCCCAUGUCCUUGCAUGUUAUCCUGCCCUAUAUAGGGGAUAAAGAUGCACGUAACGUGAGUGAGGGGGGCCUCUCUUAUGACCCGGAGGCUCUCCACAGCACUCCAGAGAUGGGGACUGUGCGGCGGGACUUAAACAAUCUAGUCAACUGCAAAGAUCUUCAUUUCACGCUUGCCAGAGCAGAUCAGAGCACAGGUCUAAAAUCGAACAACAAGGUCCUCUACAUCGAAGAUGCCUUGUAUGCGGUCCUUGCUGAUACCCCCGCACGGGUGGAGAAACUCACACUGGACAGCAGGGUGGUCAAGUCGUGGGAGUGUGGGAAGUCGGCCAUGCAUGAAAGCCUCGAUAAGGCAUGGAGUAAUCUGAAGUCGCUUGAGGUCAGAGAAACGCUUUCUUCAGACUUCUCGAAAGGCACCGCUAUUUCACACAUCCUUCAGCACGCCCCGGAACUUCAAAGCCUUUCUCUUAACAGCCUAGCCGCUGACUCGAAGCGUUCCAAGAUCUUCAGGGUAGCUAGCUCAGCUAGCAUCAAAACCAAUCGGCUCGAGAGUCUUGUACUCGCCGAUCUCGCAGUUAAGCCGGAAGAUCUGACUAUGUGGCUGACCCGUUUUGGUAGCACCCUGAAAACACUGGAGCUUUACUCAGUUCUCCUGGCGGACGGAAGCUGGAAAGAUGUCAUCCAGACCAUCCAGGACAAGUGCACCAACUUGCAGAAAGUUGUCGUGCAGUAUCCACAAGGUGCUGCUCAGAGGGGGCCCUUUCUGGAUGUCACAUGCUCGGGAUCAGAUCUCCACUCCAAGCUGGAACAAUUUAAGGGAAGCGUGGCCGAGGCCGGCAUCUAA